AUGCACGCAAAAGCUAUUCACUCUUCGCCAUCGACGAAGACGAUACCCGCCACCGCGCUUGGAGCAAGGACGCGCAACAUCAACACCAUCAUGUUGAGCCUUGCGCCCGAGCUCAGGGCGGAGAUUUGGCAUCACGCCAUCGCAGCCUACGUCCAGGAUUUGAUCGACAGCCUCCCACCAAGGUUCCACGAGUAUGAUGCCGACACACAGGGCUACGAAGACCUGGUCGACUGUUUUCCCAUCUUGGCCGCCUGCCGUGAGGCCCGCAAGCUGGCGAUCCGCUACUUCCAGCGCCCGAGGACGUCCGACGGGGAGCGGCCGCUGCGCUACAGGUACAUCCCAACCUGGCUGCGCCGCUCGAGAAGGUCGAGGAAGGAUCCGGUUCCAUCCUGA